AUGGGGAAUUGUUUCAAUUAAGAUGAGUCUCAAUAUUCAUCAUUAAAAACUAUGAAAAAAGUAGAGAGUGUUUUAAAUCAACCAAUACAUGAAAAUGAAAGUGGAAAGAUUUGUUUAAAGGAUUUUCUAGUGAAAUAGGCAGGGUUAUUGAUAUAAAUAGUAUAAAUAGGGUUAAUUUUGUAAAGUUUUGAAGGUGAAAAUGAAAUGUAAUUAAAAAGAAUAUGCUAUGAAAGUUAUAAAAAAGCAGACAUAAUAAAAUAUGGUUUAAUAAAUCAUACUAUGCUUGAAAAAAAUGUUUUAGAAUAUAGUAAUAAUCCAUUUGUAAUAAAAUUGUAAUAUUCAUUUUAAAUAGAACAAAAAUUAUAUUUAGUGAUGGAGUAUAAUUUAAUAAAUAGAAUUAGGUUAGUUAAUGGAGGAGAAUUGUUAAGAGUGAUAACAAAAUAACCUUAAAAACAUUUUUCAUUUAAUUAAACAUAAUUUUGUGCAGCAUAAGUAGUUUUAGGUUUAGAAUAUAUACAUGAAAAACUUAAAGUAAUUUAGAGAGUUUAAAACCAGAAAAUAUUUUAGUAACAGAGUAAGGAUACUUAUAAUUAACAGAUUUUGGAUUAUCAAAAUAAUAUGAAUCAUUAGAUAUGAAAUUCUUUACUGUAAUUUUUUAUAUUUUUCACUAGAAUAGAUAGUUGGUACUCCUGAAUAUCUUGCACCAGAAAUAUUGAAUAAUUCUGGUCAUAAUUAAACAGUUGAUUGGUGGUGUUUAGGAAUAUUAAUAUAUGAAAAGCUAGUAAGUAAAACACCAUUUAAAGAUUACGAAAAUAAUUUUUUAAAAUACAGAAAAACAAAUAAAAGAAGGUCAUAUUUAAUUUCCUGA